UCCAUAGCACAAAAACUUCAAUACUUUUUAUUGGUUAUAUUCGAUAUUCAUUAACACGGCCAUGUCCAACUACGCGCCGUUCAUCAAGCCGUACGUGGAGUACAACGAGCACGGAUGGGGUCCAUGUGAGGUGCCCGUCUUGGAUGUGCCCUACCAGCCGUUCUGCAAGAGUGAUCGCCUGGGUAAGAUCUGCGACUGGACUGUGUCACUGCCGGAUAGGAAGUUCCCCAACAAGUAUUCCUCGUCCUUUGGCAACAACAGUCAAUAUGCGUACUUCCACGAGGACGAUGAAGCCACCUUCCGUUUGGUGGAUAACUCUGGAUCGAAGGCUUUUAGGCCCUAUCAGCGGGGACGCUUCCGUCCCAAUAUCCGCAACAAUGCCCGGGCCAGGGGUCGGACGGGUCGUGGCAACAACAUUCCUGGAAUGCACGGAGGUCCCACAGCUGGCGGUGGAACAUCCAACAUUGCCAAGUACGGGAGGGGUCGAGAUGCACGCCGGAAUAUGGGUCGCAGAUUCAACCGUAAUGCUCCUACACGACUUCGCGAGAGUUCCGUAGUGGUGCGUUCCAAUUGGGUUUCCAUUGAGGAGAUUGACUUUUCACGCCUCCUCAAACUGACACUGCCAAAUAUCAAAGAGGGCCAGGACAUUACCACCUGCGGCUCCCUGGAGUACUAUGAUAAGCUCUAUGAUCGCGUUAAUUUGCGGAAUGAGAAACCGCUGCUUAAGAUGGAUCGCGUUGUGCACACCGCCACCACAACGGAUGAUCCGGUCAUCCGUCGCCUCUCCAAGACUAUGGGCAAAGUCUUUGCCACCGAUGAGAUCUUGGCCACCAUAAUGUGCUGCACUCGUUCGAAUUACUCUUGGGAUGUGGUAAUCGAGAAGUUGGGCACCAAGGUGUUCCUGGAUAAAAGGGAUAGUUCUCAAUUUGAUUUGCUGACUGUCAACGAGACUUCGCUGGAGCCACCGAUGGACGAGGAGGGCUCCAUCAAUUCAGCUCACAGUUUGGCCAUGGAGGCUACACUCAUCAACCAUAAUUUUAGCCAGCAGGUUCUUCGCAUUGGUGACCAUGAGCCACGUUACAAGUUCGAGGAGCCGAAUCCUUUUGAGGAGCCGGGCGUAGAACUGGCCUCCAUGGGCUAUCGCUACCGCCAGUGGGAUCUGGGAAACGAGAUAGUGCUGAUUGCCCGCUGCAAGCACAAUGGGGUUAUCCAAGGUCCAAAUGGGGAGAUGCAGUUCCUCUCGAUUAGGGCCCUGAAUGAGUGGGACUCCAAGGUGACCAAUAGUGUGGAAUGGCGCCAGAAGUUGGACAACCAACGUGGUGCUGUCUUGGCCUCUGAGCUGCGCAAUAAUGCUUGUAAGCUGGCUCGCUGGACUGUGGAGGCCGUGCUGGCUGGAUCUGAUCAGCUUAAGCUAGGCUAUGUGUCUAGGGUCAAUCCCCGCGAUCAUCUCCGUCAUGUGAUCCUGGGCAGUCAGCAAUUCAAGCCGCAGGAAUUCGCCACACAAAUCAAUCUGAACAUGGACAAUGCCUGGGGAAUAUUACGUUGCCUCAUUGACAUUGUGAUGAAGCAGCCAGAUGGAAAGUAUCUAAUAAUGAAGGAUCCCAACAAGCCAAUGAUCCGCAUCUAUGACAUACCCGAGAACGCCUUCGACUCCGAUGGAGACGCGGAUGACGACUCCAGCGAGCCCUUUGGCAACUCCAUCGAUAACUAAUGUUUACACAAAUUCAUUUAACUGAUAGUUGUUCGAAUAAAGGGAUCCGUUGACAGGCGACACAUGCCGCA